AUGGUUGACGAGAAAAUUUCCCAAUACGAGAUGGACUUAGCUCUUCGACUCCUGGCAACGCUUCCCCAUGAAGGCUCUGUUGUCCUCUCCCCCCUUUCCAUUUCACUUGCUCUCGCGUUGGUCCAUGAAGGGACACGUGGCUCGACGAGAGAGGAGCUCGAAAGGGUGCUGGUGGGCUCCGAUGAUGAAAGCCGUAUUCGGGACCACUUUGCUGGUGUCAUGGAGAUGGUUAGCAACGCGGAGAACGGCGUGGAGACCAACAUCGCGAACAGCGUUUUUGUAAACCAAGACCUCUCCAUCAAACAAAGCUACAAAGAAGCCGUCGAGAAGUACUACAAAGCUUCCGCCCAGAACUUGGACUUCAACCAAGCUGCGGAAUCUGCUAAGAUCAUGAACUCAUUUGUCGAGAAUGCCACAUCUGGAAAAAUUAAGGACCUCAUUCCCGAGGAUGCUGUUAAAGACUCCCUUGCUGUCUUAGUGAAUGCUGUGUAUUUCAAGGCCGACUGGCAAGGAAAAUUCGAGAAGGACAUGACGUCAGUUAGAGAUUUUCAUGCGAUGGAAGGACAGUCAAGAACGUACUUUCAGAUUCCUUUCUUGAAUGAGUUUUGCGAACACCGGGAUUACACCGAGGACCAAUUAUUCCAAGUACUCUCGCUGAAAUAUCAAGAUCGUCGAUUCUCCUUCGCCGUUUUUCUACCAAAAAAGAGACAUGGAUUGAUUGAUGCUUUAGAGAAAACUAACGGAGAAUACCUUCAAAAUCUACUCGCGGAUCUCAAAAAUUCCUAUGUCAAUGUUCACAUUCCAAAAUUCAAAAUUGAAAAAGAGUUGGAUCUGAAGGAAACUUUAGAGGCUGUCGGAAUCAAGGAAAUGUUCCAAGAAGGCAGUGCUGAUCUUAAGGGAUUGGGAGAUAAAGCAUUCAUCUCAUCCGGAAUUCAUAAAGCCAUCAUUGAAGUUGACGAGGAUGGAACUACCGCAGCUGCCGCAUCGGCUUUCAAAGUCGGGUUGGAGAUGAUGAUCAUGGCAGAGCCGACAACAUUCCUAGCAGAUCACCCAUUCCUAUUUGCGUUAUUGUUCGAGAACAGUCCACUUUUCAUUGGUGUUCAUGCUUGA